AUGUGUCAGUCUCCACACAUACUUCGGAAAAGGCGCGGCCUAAGAAUGCCAUUCGCCUUGACACAGCAGCCCUGGCUGCCCAAGCCCCAACGAGUGGAAAGUGUGCCAGCCAUUUCCCAGCAGCAAGGCUCUGCUUUCAGUGAAACCUCUUUCCGGACUACAGCAUCUUUGCGCUCACCAGCUCCCCCCAGAAGUGAAGCUAGCCCUAUCACCACGCCUCAGAAUUUGCUGAGGAUGCAGAACCUGUCUUCACAGGCAGCUGACCUCGCCAAUCACCCAGUUUCAAGCAUCAAUGGUGCUGGCAAGAAGACCGUAUCUCAGGCUGCAGUGCACGUGGCCUCUGGCUUAUCGUUGCAAGAGUUUGCCCCAACGUCUUCUCGUCAAUCCAACAAUGCCAAGCAACCCGAGAAUCCAGAAUCAUCAAUGCCUCAGGACAACACGAUUUUACAGCAAGAGACUGCCGCUCAAAAUAGCGUUAUGGCAGCCUUUGAGAAGCAAUUACGCCAGGCCACAGCUCGCAGGGCUGCUUUGGAGGAGGAAACGGCUCGCCGUAGCGAAGAAGCAGCGCAGUUACGCAGGAAUCAAGAAGAAAAACAACGAGCUGCCAAGGCUGCGGCCAAGGCUGCGCAAGCAACCAACUCCGCACAAGAUCCGACCCCCAAAGCAACGCAAACAUCACACCCGGCGACUUUGGAGGAUGUCGAUGUGAUUCGAAAGUCACUGGUGGCGCAGCUCAAGCCAAUCAUGCAAACGCUAAGUAAACAGCAGCAAGAAAAGCUGCGCGAGAUCAAUCAACGUUUGAAGGGGAAUGCCAAAACAAAACCCCCCAGCACCCUGGAGGAGGCGCGCGCGCUUCUAGCUCAACUCAAGGAGGUGGCUGCACAAGUGCUACCGCCACAGCCAUCGCCCCAAAAGGAGGCAGCACCACCACCUUCUACGAGCCCCUUGCCUGCAUCACCUGUGCACCCGCAGAAACCUUUGAAAGAUCCCCUCUCAAGCGCCCAAGUGGCAGGGACAUCCUCCACGCCGGUUGCAAGCUCGCCGCAAACCCUAGCCGAGAUCGAAGUAGCUCGCAAGAGCUUGGUCGCUCGUCUCAAACCGUGCAUGGACUCACUAUCUCCGAACAAACAAACUGAAGUGCGUGAAAUCAACAAACGGUUGAAACUUGCUGCUGAAAAAGGUAUGUGUCUCUCCUUGAUCCAAAGAAUCGUCACUCGAGAGAGCGUGCGCGUCAUGUGGUUGCGUACUGUGCCACAGGCAACAAUGCAGUAUUGCCGCAAGCAAUUGAGCUACAUCGGCGUCUUCACAACGUUGUUCAACAGUUUACAACCGCAAUACCAUCCACAGGCGAUUCAGGGUCCAAUGCAGCCGCAACACCAUCCCUUCAGGCCUGAAGAUCAAGAACAGGUUCAUCAGAUCAAUCAAGUGUUGCAUAUGCAGGCAAUCUACUUGUCGAGCUGCAAGCCCUUGCUCAACGCGCAGCCCCAGGAUUGCCACGCAAAGACCCCGGCGCAGCGCAAAACUUACUUUGAGCAAAUGAUUGCUCCGCUUUGUAAUGCACGCUUCCAAACGUUUGAGAGUUGUCAAGAGCUUCGUGAUUUUCGAAAGUGCUUUCGUGGUCAUUUUAACAAGCUCUCCAAUACAUUGCCAGAGGACAAGGUUGUUAAAGCCAACUUCCUACAACGUGAUGCGGACACAGAUGUUGUGGUCAGCGCUGCUUUGCUACUUCGACUGAUUUACGAUGCCGUGGAGCAUAAGACUAGCUUAGCAGCAUUCAUGGUGGCGGCUUUGUACAAAGAGCUGCCAGCCUUGAGCGGCGUCUACCCGACACCCGAUAUGAACCCGACAGAGCUGCGCGCUGUACUGGGCCUGAAAGAGAAUCAGCGAACUGAAGAUUUUGUUGAUAAAAUUGACAACAUUGUUCGCGUGGUCGUCGCUCUCGUUGAGGCUUUUGCAAGCAGUACGACCAAGAUUUUUUCGGCAGCAGAUGUUUGGCGCAUGCUUGCUCAAGCUAGCAACAGUGAUGCUGACGUACUCGUUGCGUCAACCCUCAUGUCUUCAACGAUUGAGCUUUACGGAUACCGGCUUCAAGUCCUCUAUGGCCCACAGUUUGACAAGCUCAAAAGUUGCAUCGGCAACCAAUGUCUCCCUCAAAUGGCAUCAACACCUGCGACACAAAGUGUUCGCAGUCAGAUUGAGGCCCUCAAGCGUCAUUUGAAGGGCACUCACAAACAGACACCACGAACGCAUCGACUCGAUUUGAGUGGUGUUGGUCGGAUUCACUUGAGCCAGAUCAUCUCAUGA